UAAUAUAAAAUGACGUUUCUCCCGUGUAUCAUUUAAUCAAUAUAAAAUCUGUGGUACAAUUUGAAUAACUAAGUUUCAUAGAACUGCAAAAGAAAAAAAAACGAAUUACUGGCUUAAUUAAAAGUAUUGAAUGGACUUAAGCCGGGAAACUUGGCGAUAAAAUGUAAAGUCGCUGUCAUCGCCAGAUUUCUCCAAUUCCCUACCGUUUGUAUAACCGUUUUUCUCAAUAGUAAUUACGAUUGGAAUUCGCAUUUUCAAUGAUUUUAUUAUCAUAUUUGAUUAUAAAUAUAUAGAACUAUCCCAGACAAAGUUUGAAACCCAAACAGGAUUCCUAAGCGUCUUCUACUUACUAUUAAACCAGUAUAAUCGUUCUAGAACAUUUUUUGUCUACUUGUUUUUAGUAGUCUUGAACUUCAAAUCUUGUGAGUUAUUUUUACGAUCACUUGGCAAACUUUUUGUGUUUACAUGAUUCAACAUACCAGUCGAAUAUAAAAACUUGGAAAUUUAUAAUAAAACCCAAAAAGCAAUACCGAGAACAAAAACGAAGAGCUCACUAGUAUCGCAACUUAAACGUACACUUAAUCUAUCUAAAACAAACACGCAGUCACACAUCCUUAUUUACCAUAAAAAUUCAUGUUUUUUUAAAUAGUUUUAUGUCAAUAGAGUAUAGGCUAUUUGCCUACAUUAUUAGUCAUGUAGGAAUCACUCAUCGCUCAUUAUCAUCCAAAAUAUAACGUACUGUUGACGGGAGUGGUCGGUGAUAGUGUGACUCUUGAAAUACAUUGGGUCUUCACUGUGAUGACAUUUGGUCACUUUUAUAGUGUGGCAUCGUUUGAAUUUGGUCAUUAGUCUGGCAAAGUUUUAAGUAUCAAAUAAGUCAGAUCCUUAUGUGGCACUCGAACAUUAUUCAAUAAGUAAUGACCGUCGGCUCGAUCGUCGCGUAAGUCCGGACGAGGUCGGUCCCUGCGUGCGAGCAUGUCGGCCGAGAAGGAGAAAAUGGCCGCCGAAACCAAGUCGCCCUCCAACAAGAGCAACUGCACCUCGCCUGGAAAGAAAGGUGACACCGACGAACAUGGCCUGCCGAAGGAUAAGGACAAAGGCUGCGACACCACUCUAUAUCUAUAUCAUGAGGAAAUCGAAGACAGACCCCGAGCGGCUACAUUCCUCAGUUCCCUGGCAGACUAUUCGAACACCAUCCCCACGGCGUCCACGGCGGAUCCAGAUGCGCCCAAGCCAGCGCCCCCGGCCCGCAUGGGAACCCUCAUCGGAGUGUAUCUCCCCUGCAUACAGAACAUCUUCGGCGUGAUCCUCUUCAUCCGCCUCACGUGGGUGGUGGGCACUGCUGGCGCUAUCCAGGGCUUCUUGAUCGUGCUUGUAUGCUGUUGUACGACCAUGUUAACAGCGAUAUCAAUGUCGGCGAUUGCAACGAACGGUGUGGUGCCCGCAGGCGGGUCGUACUUCAUGAUCGGUCGAUCGUUGGGACCAGAGUGUGGAGGCGCAGUCGGUAUGCUCUUCUAUACAGGAACCACUCUAGCAGCUGCUAUGUAUAUCGUUGGUGCUGUUGAAAUCGUACUGACCUAUAUGGCUCCGUGGAUGUCCAUCUUUGGUGAUUUCACAAAGGAUCCAGAUGCUAUGUAUAACAAUUUCCGCGUUUACGGAACGGGCUUACUGUUAAUUAUGAGUAUGGUGGUCUUUGUUGGAGUUAAGUUCGUCAACAAAUUCGCAACAAUAGCACUGGCUUGUGUAAUACUUUCCAUUUCUGCUGUCUACGCCGGUAUCUUUGUGAACUUCAAUGGAAACGAUAAACUUCAGAUGUGUGUACUUGGAAAACGCUUACUAAAGGACAUAAAUAUAAACAAUUGCACUAAAGAUGUCGGAGGUGAAUUGCAUCAACUGUUUUGCCCGAAUAACACGUGUGACCCAUAUUAUCAAACACAUGAAGUUAGCGUAGUACAAGGAAUCAAGGGCUUAGCCAGCGGAGUGUUUUUCGAUAAUUUGCAAGAUUCAUUUCUGGAACUUGGUCAAUACAUAGCAUAUGGCAAGGAACCGGAUGACAUAGAACAAAUGGAAAGGCCUACUUACAAUCAAAUAUACGCCGAUCUUACAACUACCUUUACUAUAUUGAUUGGGAUAUUCUUCCCAUCUGUGACAGGUAUUAUGGCCGGGUCCAAUCGUUCUGGAGAUUUAGCAGACGCACAAAAGAGUAUACCCAUCGGAACCAUUGGAGCUAUCCUAACGACUUCGACUGUUUACUUGUCUUGUGUACUACUCUUUGCUGGAACUGUAGACAACUUGUUGCUGCGUGACAAAUUUGGACAAUCUAUUGGUGGUAAGCUUGUCGUAGCUAACAUGGCGUGGCCUAAUCAAUGGGUCAUUUUAAUUGGCUCAUUCUUAUCUACACUGGGCGCUGGACUACAAUCAUUAACUGGUGCCCCACGUCUGCUCCAGGCGAUCGCUAAAGAUGAGAUUAUACCAUUCCUUGCUCCUUUUGCUGUUUCGUCUAGCCGAGGAGAACCCACAAGAGCUUUACUGUUAACUAUGGUUAUCUGCCAAUGCGGGAUCCUUCUUGGUAACGUUGAUAUCCUUGCGCCACUGCUCUCGAUGUUUUUCCUUAUGUGCUACGGAUUCGUCAACCUCGCCUGUGCUUUACAAACACUUUUGAAAACACCCAACUGGCGACCAAGGUUCCGUUACUACCAUUGGUCUCUAUCUCUUGCUGGUCUGGUCCUAUGCAUCUCCAUCAUGUUUAUGACGUCAUGGUUUUAUGCUUUGAUUGCUAUGGGCAUGGCUGGCCUCAUUUAUAAAUACAUCGAAUACCGAGGUGCUGAGAAAGAGUGGGGCGAUGGUCUACGAGGAUUAGCGCUUUCAGCAGCGCGUUACUCCUUGUUGCGUCUUGAACAGGGACCGCCACAUACUAAGAAUUGGCGACCACAAGUUCUUGUACUCGCUAAACUGAAUGAUGAUUUAAAUCCAAAAUACCGCAAAAUGUUGGCUUUUGCCAGUCAACUUAAAGCUGGUAAAGGUCUAACAGUAUGUGUGUCUGUACUGGGUGGCGAUUUCACAAGACGUGCGGGAGAGGCCAGCACGGCAAGGCAAAACUUACGUAAAUGCAUGGACGAAGAAAAGGUCAAAGGAUUCGUAGACGUCCUAGUAUCUCACAGUAUUGCCGAUGGCUUAAGUCAUUUCGUUCAAACAACCGGAUUAGGUGGAUUGAAACCGAACACCGUAAUCGUAGGAUGGCCUUACGGGUGGCGACAAUCUGAGGAUGACCGCACUUGGCAAGUGUUCUUGCACACCGUUCGCACGGUAACCGCAGCCAGAAUGGCUAUGCUUGUCCCUAAAGGGAUCAAUUUCUUCCCAGAUUCCACUGAAAAGGUUUCUGGUAACAUAGAUAUUUGGUGGAUUGUUCACGACGGAGGGAUGUUAAUGUUAUUACCGUUCUUAUUAAAACAAACUCGCACCUGGAAGAACUGUAAAAUGCGUAUUUUUACCGUCGCACAAAUAGAAGACAAUUCUAUACAAAUGAAAAAAGACCUCAAAAUGUUCCUCUACCAGCUACGUUUGGAAGCGGAAGUCGAAGUCGUUGAAAUGACUGAUAGCGAUAUAUCAGCUUACACUUACGAACGUACCUUGAUGAUGGAACAACGCAAUCAGAUGUUGCGAGAACUCAGACUUAACAAAAAGGAGUCUCUUGGAAUGAUGCAAAAUUUGGUGGACUAUCAUGAACAAAAUGCUGAGGAGAAGUUGCCUUUGGUUCAAGCAAUAGUGGAUCACCACCAUGCGGAUGUUAAGACCGCCAGCAAAGUUCGUUUCGCUGAACCAGGUGCCGAGCCUCUGCCUGAUGAUGCACCAUCGCCCCCUCUGGCGGAAAUGGAUGAGAAGGAUAAAGAUGAUAAGGACGACUUUCGAAGUAGUUUGUUGCACAUAAUCGAUUCAAUGUGGGACUCGCCCGAUGAACGCUCGCAGUGUGAGUCGCCCAGCGCGCCCAACGACGCCGACAAGCACAAGGAAGGCAAUCCCAACGGCGACGCGCUCAACCACAAGGCCAACGGCAACGCCAACGUGCCCACCAUCACCCCUGACGAGGGCACAGUCCGGCGCAUGCACACUGCCGUGAAGUUGAACGAGGUGAUCGUGUCGCGCUCCCACGACGCACAAUUAGUUAUACUCAACCUGCCGGGCCCGCCGCGAGACACCAAACUUGAACGGGAAUCCAAUUAUAUGGAGUUCCUGGAAGUCCUCACCGAAGGUCUCGAAAAGGUGCUGAUGGUGCGCGGCGGCGGCCGCGAGGUGAUCACCAUCUACUCGUGAACGAGCUCGCCGCUACCUUCCCUCAGCGAUAUCGCUACAUUUGUUCAAAGUCUCUUUAUUAGACUCUGGGUGGAAACGCUCGCGUUGCGUGCUCUUACAAAAGUCUGUGUGAUUUGUUCGUAAUUUCGUACUCUGUUUGAAAAUCGAACGUUUUCGAGAAUUUCGAGUUCGCGUCUUGUUGUUCGUCGACUCGGACCGUGUUGACUAUUAUAUUUUAUAAUUCGUUUGUAAUAUAUUAUUAUAUUUUCUUACGGUUACUAAAGUUAUAUAUUAAUGUUUGUUUGACAUGUAAAUGUUAGAUUAGAUCAAAAUAUUCAUACAUUAUUUUUUUGAAAAAUAAUUAUUUACUGUUGUAUACAUAGACAUACAUAUGUUUGAAAAACUUGUGUGAACCUAACGAGCCUUAACCUAGGUUAGCUCCGAAUUUCGUUGUUAUUAUUUAGAUUAGCGAUACUAAGUAAGUGUGAAUUAUUCUAUUGUUACCGUAAAGCUGUAACGAUUUACUAUGACUCUUCGAUUUUACUUUUUUAUAUAAAUGUUGAAAAAUUGUAGACAAUUUACAACCGUUUACAAUCAUGGAACGUUUUAUCUAAAUUAAAUCAACUUUGUAAAUAGUUAUUUUGUUCUAAGAAUAUUAUGUCUGCUCAAGUUAAAAUAUACCAUGGACUGAAGAUUGGUGACAUUUAAAUAAAAUUUUUACUUCUGAAAUCAUCGUAGAGACUAGUCUAGUCAUUAUCCGAAAUUUGAAAAAUCGAAAAAAAAUAUCUUUUAAUUAUACCUAUUGACUUUUUUAUGUAGGUAACUUCUUUAGUUCUAUCAUUCAAACCAUUAAUAAAUAAUGAGUGAUUAGAUAUACUAUAAUUUUUUUUUUAUUAAAUUAUGCGAAUAAUUAAUUUGGCUUGUCCUGUUAGAAUCAAUCUCUAAACUAGAAAAUUAUUGCGCACAUACGCGUAGUUAACUAGAUGAUUUUUUACUGUGAUCAUUAUAUAAAUAAAGAUUAUGUUAUCUGUAAUAAUUAUUACAUAACACCGUCAGCUUAGGUACGGGUGAUUUAUUCUUAAGAGAAUUAUAAUUCUUCUUAUAAAACUAAAUUAAAUAAAUAAUUAUGAUGAGGACAGAACUUCACAUUCCUUGUCAACAUUCUAGCUUUAAGGCCUAAGUUUAAGAUUAUUAGAAUAAUUUGAUAUAGAUAAUAAAUAAUUAUAAUAAUGUAGAGAAACUCUCAUUGUGGUCAAUAUAGAUAAGGAUGCUUUAUCACAACUUAAAAAUAUUGAGAUUUCAUGGUGAUAGACGCACCGGUCUACGCAACACAUAAAACAUUGACAUUAUUAGUUAUGGACGUACGCUAAAACUUGCGCGGGUUUACGCAUACUACUUUUGUCGUACGUGAGGUUAAUUUUAUUCGCAGAAAUACCAAACCAGUGGAGUAUGCCUUUCUAGCGUUCGGCGGAAUGAAUUGCGUUUAGCAAAAAAAAUAACAAACAUACAAAAGAUGAAAUAUAAAACAGCUAUUGGUAAAGUUUCUUUACUAAAAGGACAUGCAGAUGCUUUUAAAUGAAAUCAUUUUUUGGAAAUUGUAAUGACUAAAAUAUCUUGAACUGCGUGGGAUGGACUGUAACAGCAGAGGAAUGAAUCCCAUCGACGGCUGCGUUAUUACUACAGUCUACCCAUAGCAUAUACUUGUCACCGCGUACCGCUUCUCAAACUAUUAUACCUACAUUUAUACGCAACACAGUCUUGACGCUAAAGCGUUAGCUUUUCCCAUUAUCUGGGGCCUUCUGAGCAAGUUUUAGCGUAGAUGUUUAUUCGAAAUAGAGCCUGAUUUUGGCGUAGUUGUAUGUUAACAAGAAUACUUGGAAUUUUAUGACGUCAACUUUGAACAUUAAUAACAACUUGAUGUCAUAAUUGUUGUUACGGUUUGAAUAUCUUACCAAUGAAGGGUCGUGACGUGAAUAGAGAAGUGGACAAUUUAUUUAACCUAAUAACAGAAUUUAUUACAAAAUUAUAACGAUAAUUUCCCCUAUUAUUAUUAUUGAAUCAGAUAAACAGUUUUUAGGAUUAGGCACUAUUAAUUAAAAUUUCUAAAUUUAAAUAAAACUGUAAGCACACAGUUGGUGUACCACUUUUUUGUUCGAAAUUUUGUUAAUAAAAGAAAGGAGAGUAAAUUUUACACAAAUUUAAAGUGUGUUAGGUUACUGUCAAGUAGAAUUCAGUGUUGUAAUUUCCUAGUCCCUAAGCGAUUAGACUUUGUUUAAAAAAAACACUUCAUUCGGAUUCAUAAACACUAGGUGAUUAGAUCGGUUGAAAAAUAGAUUCUAAGUUUAGUGCAUGAUAUCACUUUUACGAUUCCUAGAUUCUAAACAUAAAAUAGAAUAGUGGUUAAAUCCUGUCAUUAUGAUGGUAACGCAUUUAAGAUUGAUUAUCUCUACAUAGGUUAAAAAUACAAUCGACUGUAAGCCUACGCAUUUAGAUAUUCAUUGCGUAGGUAGUUAGUAAGAUAUCUACCUACAUUUCGCAACUUUCAGUUUCAGUACAGGUACUCACCUAAAGUAAUAUCCCAACUAAUAUUAUAAAUGCGUAAUAUACAAUGAACAUACAUCCUGUAUUUCCACAGGAGAAUUAUGUGGGUUAGGAGUCACUGUGGAUAAAGUAUAUUAACUAGUUAAGAUCCUGUUUGAAAUAAUAGUCAAGAAACUUCCAAUCUAGGGGUAUAAAAUUCAUCUGAAUAACAGCAAACUCGUAUACACUAAAUCGAUUUUAAUAUCACUUUAAUUUUCUCAGUAGGUUAUGUGUUGAAUUGGAACAUUAGCGUAUGCUAAUUAGGAUACUAUGUAUGUUGAAUUGGAAAAUUAGCGUAUGCUAAUUAGGAUACUAUGUAUGUUGAAUUGAAAAUUAGCGUAUGCUAAUUAGGAUAUUAUGUAUGCUGAAUUGGAAAAUUAGCGUAUGCUAAUUGUGUAUGUGUUAGAAAAAAAUUAUCAAUCACAAAAUCUACAAUCUCUGUAAAUAGUGGGUACACUGGAACUGCAAUUGUUGUUCUUAUUUCUAUCUUAGAAUUGUAUUUUCUAAGCGCAAAUCGAAAAAUAACAGUUAAAAAUUUAGUAUAAGCGAGUAUGAAAUAAUAUAAGCAUUAUUGCUUGAAGAUGUGAUAAAAUCGGCGGAGUCAUAUAUCACUCAUGAAAAAUGUGAUAACUCUCGUGAAAAGUUGGCCUUUUGUGAAUUUAUACGCACGAUACUUUAGAUAUAUCGUCUACUGCCAAAAAUUAAAAUUCCUUAAGUGAAGGCCACACUAAGGCGUCCUGAUGUUUGCAAACUCUAUAAGGUUUCCUAAUAGACGCGCAUUUGUUUGGUCGUGAUUGGUUCGACACAGGGAGACUUACGCGCGGGAACAGAUUUGACAUCUUGGCGUAGCCUUUGCUCUAUAAAGAUUGUAUUCCCCUAUGAAAUUAGAAGUUAAAACCUUAUCAUGUUAUUAACCUGAAAUUGUGGCGGUAAGCUUGAUAAUUCUUUUACGAGACUAUGUAAAAUUAACCUCACCAAUAAGCCUAAGAAGCCCACCACGACAUAAUGUCUCGACACAACUAAAGACAAAUUUCGACCAAUGGCGGCUCCAUCGAAAAUAUUGCUCUUUUCAUUUCAAUAAGACGAAAGAGAGAGAGUGCUAUUUUCGAUUAUCUGAUGCUAUUAGUCGACAUUUGUCUUUCUCUCUUCUCGAUCUCGAAAAUUGGCAUAGUGCGCAUCUCUAGGCCUACUAUACGAUACAGACAGAAACUGAAGAGUCAAUAAUAAUAAUAAUAGUAGUAGAACAAAACACCUUGUUAGGGUACAAGGUGGUUUGUUCUACUAUUUUAUUCUACCUACCCACAACAAACUACUGUGGGUAGGUAGUAUAAAAAAAUGUGAAUGCACAAUCACAGUAAAAUCUCUACCUACCAGAUAUUAUUUACCACACCUAAGUACCUACUUAUAUGGGAAUUAUCCAGGAUCAGAAAAUAACUGCCGUAUAAUUAGAAUGUAGAUAGAAGUACAAUAUGAAAUUUGAUACUAUGGAUGUUUGAUGAACAGUAAAAAGUGGAUAUAUAGGUAGGUACUAGAACAAAGGGCUGUAUCAAUUAAUUACUUGCAUGUAUCGCCUGACCAGAAAAGUAAAAAAGUCGCCAUGUUGCGGAAAACAAAGGAACUAAUUUCUUCUACUGACAUUCUUAGCACAGACGGUUAAAACUGCUUGUGGCGCCCUCAAUCAAAGUUUUUACUGGUCAGGUUUUUGACAUCAGUAGCUACUCAAAUUGUCAGUAGCGCAAUCAGCAUAUUUCCCAGUAUGUAAGAAUGCAAGAAAUGUUUGCAUUCGUAAGUAUGUAGAUAUUUGUGUCGUUAUUAAUUAAUUUGUUGAUUAAUACCGUGAUAUGUUGUGUGAUCUUCAUAAUUGAAGGGUACUUGUGGUUUGAGUAAACAGAGUUCACUUAAUAUGAUUAAGUAAAAUACUUUAUAAAUUGCGACAUAUAUAAACUGACUAUAAAAAUAUAAAUAACAUGCAUAUAAUAUUAUUGUAAAUGAGUUAUUUUCAUCACAUAGUGAUAUAAAAUUGCAGAUUCAUUAAAAUAGAUAACAUAUCUUCAUUUAAACAUUGCAUAGCCAUAACAUUGAAAUUUAUUUAUAAAUUUGUACUUAUAGAACUAUUUAUGUCUAUCAAUAGGCACUGAAAUAAUAUUUAACUACCUACAUACUUAUUUAUUAAAUAUCCUAUUACCCCAAAAGAGAUAUGCUUAGGUACAUAAAUAAGUAAACUAUACAGAUAUGAGUAUUUACACAUUUUUAUUUAAGCUUAUCUCUGAAAAUUUGUAAAGAAAAUAAUUAAUUUGUGGAAUAUAUUAUUUAAUUAACUACUCAUAGAAAUUAUUUACUUAAAAAAAUGCAAAACACCCAAAAAUUGCAAUAAUUUGCAAAUACAUAAAUAAAAGAUAAUCACAAACGAUCAUUUUUCGAAAAUAAGUAGGUACUUGUGCCAAAUACCAUAAUUAUAUUUGGUUCGUUGUAUUUACUAAGAACUUAGAGUAACUAAAAAUUAAAAGAAAAUUUUCAGUAAUGCUUUGGUACUUGUAUCAGAUGUAGCUCUUGUACUAUUUCAUAGGUGAGCUAUCACCACAGAACACAUAAGGUGUCACAUAUGUGUAGUUAGAGAUCGUGAAAAUGCACCUUUAGUUACUUGUACCUCAGAAAUUCAAAUAGUAUAAACUCGUGUUCGAAUUUUCAAUCUUCAUAAAGAAAACUAUGUAGAAUGUAACUUAAAAAGUAAACAUAAUUUAUAAUAUUAUAUAAUGUACCUAACUCUAUCGAGUGUCUUGUAAUUUAAUAAUAAAAUGUCUAUUUUAGAUUUUAGGCUGUGAGCCAGCGUUAACAAAUACAUUAAAAUUUAAUAAUUCAAGCUAGAGUUGCUGUGAUACACCUUUCGGCUAUACUCGUAAAAUAUAGAUAAUUUACUUAUCCGGAUACGGCUUUUGAGCAAAUGGAUUGGCAAUAACGCCAUAGUUAAAACUGUGAUUUCAGCGAAGUGGAGUUACGGUUCCACUUUUCAUUUCGCUUCAAACACAAAAGAAAACCAAUCCACCUAUCAAAAAAUACGGAAUACCUAGGAACUAAGACCUAAGUAUCUGUAAUUUCACUAGAUUUUUUUUUAAUUGAUUUUUUGGUUCUACUUAUCCUGUCGAAGAAUAAUUAAGAGUUUUAAAAUUGUGACAAUUAUUGUCUGAUAAAUUAUUAAAAUAAUUAAUUAUUCAAAUAACAAUUCUAGCGAAUUAGUGAAACUGAGUAUUUUAAGUGAAAAGAUGUUAUGAGUAAAAUAAUAAAAUAAAUUAUAAUUCCAUGA